AUGGAUACAAUCAAAAGUGGAUGGUCGAGUCUUAAAAGAACUGUUCGUUCUAAAGUGAAUGGACCACAACAAGAGGAAGACUAUUUUUCAGAAAGUUGGUUUGAUAAAUUGGUUGGAGGUGAAGACCAAUCAUGUUUUUCAUAUUUCAAACUUCCUUUUAAAGUACGAAUUUCAAUAAUAUGUAUACUCGUAUUCUUUGGUAUAAUUAGUCUUUUCUUGAGUUUUACAUUCAUUUUACUUCCAAUGAAAUUUGCUAAGUUAUUUACUGUUGGGAAUGUACUAAUAUUACUCUCAACAUUCUUUUUGAGAAGUAUUUCUAGUCAAAUUAAAUCAUUGAUUUCUGAUAUCCCCAAGUUAGUUGCAUUUAUUCUCUAUUUAAUAUCUAUUGCUCUUGUUCUCUUUUGUGCUUUAAAACUAAAAUCUACUAUGUUAACACUUCCCUGUGUAGUAUUAGAAGUUGUAGCAUUAUUAUGGUAUUUAUUUUCAUACCUUCCAUAUGGGCAAGAAAUGCUUAAGACCUGUUUCUCUGGUUGUUGGUCAUGUUGUGUUCAUUCUAAUUGA